AUGUAUCUAUACUCUCUCAUCUUCUUAUUUCUGGCGUCCGUCAACGCCUACGCAGACCCCGGUGCCUGCUCUGGCGACUGCUGGACCCAUGAUCCUGGUCUGUACCAGCGUAAAUCAGACGGGAAGUACUUUCGCUUCGCAACGGGUGGAGGCAUCCAUAUCGCCUCGGCAGACAGCCUCGAGGGCCCAUGGACAGACGACGGCUAUGUUCUACCCAACGGCUCCUCCAUCAACCUAGACGGGAAGAACAACCUCUGGGCCCCCGACCUCCACUACCGAGAUGAGACAUACUUCCUCUACUACGCGGUUUCAUCGCUCGGCUCGCAGAACUCGGCCAUUGGAGUUGCGACCUCCAAGACCAUGGAAGCCGGCAGCUGGACCGAUCACGGCUCCACCGGCGUCGAAUCCACUUCUGCCAGCCCUUACAACACCAUCGACGCCAACUGGAUCGCUGUCGGCGACACCCAGUACCUCAACUUUGGCUCCUACUGGAAUAACCUGUACCAGGUGGAGUUGGCCAGCGGCCUCAAAGUGAAGAGCGGCGCCACGCCGCACCAGAUCGCGUACAAUGCCAGUGGUAUCCAUCGCCAGGAGGCGGCAUUCAUGUUUGAACGCAACAACUACUUCUACUUGACCUUCUCCGGAGGCGUUGCGCUGGGGUACAAUGAUACAUGGCCGGCCCCGGGCGAAGAGUAUCAUAUCUCGAUUUGUCGGUCGACCUCGGCGACGGGAGGAUUCGUCGACAAGGACGGGGUUUCGUGCCUGAACAGUGGAGGAACCCUUUUGCUCGCCAGUCAUGAUUAUGUCUACGGUCCCGGCGGACAGGGCAUUCUCAACGACAAAAGCAAGGGGCUUGUCUUGUACUAUCACUACGCUGACACGCGCAUCGGCAAGGCCGUCGAGGACUACCAGUUUGGAUGGAACCAGUUGACGUGGGAGAACGACUGGCCCACUGCAAGGCUCCGAGCAGGGGUUCCAGCAGCUAGCGAUGAUAUACUUCAAAGCCCCCAUGCCAUUUUGCAAAGCAAUGUUCCACCGACCAUCCGGAAUCUGUACGCCCUGGCCAUAAAUCCAGAGGUGAUCAGUUAUCUGACACGUCUCGUGGAGCCGGAAUGGCUUCUUGAACUCUGGGCUUUCCGGCUCCGUGUCACGACGCCAGAUGACACGAUUGCCAAAGAAGUCGAGAAAUUGGUCAGUUACAAUAUUUGGUGGACCACUUGGCUGAAGGAGUUCCAGAAUAGGGACAAUUGCGAUGCCUUGCUAGCCAUUCUGCUCUACAUCCUUCCAAAUGUGCGGUCCAUCGAAUGGCUCUGGGUAGAAGCAAGCACCCGAUACGCCCUAAAAUUAGUAGACAAAAUAACCCUGCAUCAAGGGCAGUUCAAGGAAAGUGGCCCGCUGGGGAAACUGGAAAAGGUGCUUCUCAAAGGCACCGGCAGAACAGCUGGUAUGAUCGAGUUGAAAAAAAUCUUGCCGCUUUUUCACCUACCUUCGCUGCAUGGAUUCUCGGCUCAGAUGGUCAAAGACUUUAAUCGAUUGCUUUCUGAGAUGAAAGGCUCGUCGAACGUAACGCAUCUCGAGCUCCGGCAAAGUACCACCCUCACGGGAUUCGAGCUCUUGAUAGGACUCUGCUCUGGUCUGAAGUCGUUCAAAUACUACUACGAGCCAGGCCCAUUCAUGUUCAAAAAGACGGCCACGAUUAUAGCCCACCUGGAAACAAGGAAGGAUACCCUCGAAACACUGUGUCUGGACUCAGAUUCCUAUUCUAUGCUGCAGGUUUUGACAGACAGCACCAGUGGGUUGGAUCACUGCGAGAGUUUCGGAAAUUAA